AUGGCAUACUCCAUUGCUGACAAUGUUCGAAACAUACCUCCUGUGACCCGUUUCUUCACCAUAAGCUCAAUCCUUUGCUGUUUUGUCAUCGCGUUGGGAAGAGGCAGUGGCGUGUUCGUUUUGAACAACUCGAUCAUUUUUGCCAUCUUGGCCAAUCUUCGCAUAGCCAUUCAUUCCCAUAAACUCACAUACAUUGUGGCAGCGGUGGCACAGACCAUCUUCCAAUGUUACAGGUUUUUGACCACUUUUUUGACCCCAUCUGGAAUGUUCACUGAUAGUCCAUAUCUGGCCCUUUUGGACAUAUACGGGUUCUACACAUUUGCAUGCGAUUUAGAGUCAUCUCUGGGUAAGUUUAAGGGCAAUUUCCCUGAUUGCUUGUGGUUUACAUUGAUCACAGGAACCAUGAUUGUCAUCAGCACUUUCACAUUUGAACUAUUCUAUCCUGCUCACCAUUCGUUCCAUCACCUGAUGAUGCUUUCUUGUGUCACCUACUUGUGGUCACGGUACCUGAAGAACGCAACCAUCAACUUCAUGGGCCUUGUACCCAUCAAAGGCUACUUUUUACCGCUUUUCAACUUGUUUCUCAAGCUCCUUUUUGAAGGUGGAGGAGCCGUUGUUAACUCCAUCAUCGGCAUUUUGGGUGGCUAUUUGUACCAGUGCAUCCAGUCAGAUACGUUGCCACUAUACAACCUCUUGCCUGGCGCUUAUUCGAAAUUUGUCACUGGAAACCGUGGAGGUCAUAGAGUAGGAAUGAGUGAACAAGCUCAUAUUCAAAGUACAGGAGGAUACCAAUCAGACUACAUAGAAGAUUCUGUCUACGAUAAGGGUUACCUCAAGGCUCCACUUUGGCUUUACAAACUACUCAAAUACCCUUCCAACAAUACCAAGUCGUGGACAGCAUUUACCGGUCCAAAGAACCCAUCCUCAAUAGCGGUUCCCGCAACCACAGGUUCAAGAAGUAGCGGAAUGUUUUCCUCCGACGGCCCUGCAUUCCGAGGCAAGGGCUACCGCUUGGGAGACUGA